AGCGCCCUACCUGUGCCGGGCCCGCCGCCGCCCCUCCCCCGGCCCCGCCGCCGCCGCCGCCCCCGCGGGGGCCGGGACUGAACGCGCCGCGGCGCCGAGACGCGGCCCCGAGAAGAGGGCGAGGGAGCGGGAGCGGGAGCGGUGCCGCCCGCGGCGCAUGAUGUGGGUGCCGCUGCUGGCGUGCCUCACCGCGGGGAUCGUCUCCGUGCCCAAGUGCCAGCGCGGCCCCGGACCCCUCCUGGGGGCGGCCCGGCUGCUGGCGGCCGUGCCGGGACUCUGCCAGCGCCCGGAAAACAGAUGUGCCACUUCAAAUGCAGGAACAUGCACAAAGUGUCUUGCUUUGGGUCCAGAGUGUGGAUGGUGUGCUCAAGAGGAUUUCAUGGCCGAUGCAACACAGAAAGGACGCUGUGACACUGUUUUCAACUUAAUGAAAAGAGGCUGUCAAUCAGAUUUUGUGGAAAAUCCCACAGUUCAUGUUAAAAUACCCAGUGACCAUGAAACAAAUACACAAGUGACACCAGGAAAAGUUUCAGUCCAGCUGCGUCCAGGAAGUGAAGCAAACUUUAUGUUAAAAGUUCGUCCUCUAGAGAAAUACCCUGUGGAUCUUUAUUAUUUAGUUGAUGUCUCAGCCUCUAUGCACAACAAUAUAGAAAAACUAAACUCCGUUGGAUUUGCUUUAUCUAAAAAGAUGGAGAAUAUUUCUCUUGAUUUUCGACUUGGAUUUGGAUCCUAUGUGGAUAAAACUGUGUCACCCUAUAUCAGCAUUCAUCCAGGUAGAAUCCAUAACCAAUGCAGUGAUUAUAAUUUAGAUUGUAUGCCUCCUCACGGUUAUAUUCACGUGCUAUCCCUGACUGACAAUAUAGCAGAAUUCAAAAAUGCAGUGAAUAAACAAAAAAUUUCUGGGAAUAUUGAUACACCUGAAGGGGGUUUUGAUGCAAUGCUCCAAGCAGCUGUGUGCCAGAGCCAUAUUGGAUGGCGUAAAGAAGCGAAGCGACUGCUUCUCGUGAUGACAGAUCAAACUUCCCACCUGGCCCUUGAUAGUAAAUUAGCGGGGAUCGUAAUUCCCCAUGAUGGAAACUGUCAUUUGAAAGAUAAUGUGUACGUCAAAGCUACGAGUAUGGAGCAUCCGUCUCUUGGGCAGCUCUCUGAAAAACUGAUUGACAAUAACAUCAAUGUUAUUUUUGCAGUUCAAGGAAGCCAGUUCCAUUGGUAUAAAGAUCUGUUACCUCUAUUGCCUGGUACUGUUGCAAGACAGAUAGAAUCACAAGCAGCAAAUCUCAAUGAUUUGGUGGUAGAAGCCUAUCAGAAACUAAUCUCGGAAGUGAAAAUUCAAGUCGAUAACCAGAUGCAAGGUCUUCAUUUCAAUAUCACUGCAAUCUGUCCUGAUGGAAGUAAAAAAACUGGCAUGGAAGGAUGUAAAAAUGUGCGAUAUAAUGAAGAAGUACUUUUCAAUGUAUCCGUUACAAUGAAAGGAUGCGAUACAACUGGAGGAAGAAAAUAUGCAAUACUAAAGCCUAUUGGUUUCAAUGAAACCGCCAUCGUUAACGUGGAGAAAAGCUGUGCCUGUCAGUAUGGAGACAGUGCAAAGCACAAAAGAAUAUGGGCUGAUGAAACUUUUUCUGAUGGCCAACAGUCCCAUUGCAGGGAAAACAAUUGUAAUUCUAAUAAAGAUACACUUCCUUCUGAGAGGUGCAGACGACACCAGGACCAGCCCAUCUGCAGUGGCCAAGGAAAUUGCAUAGAUGGGAAAUGUUUCUGCUACAAAAGCAAGCUAGGCACGGUGUAUGGCAAAUACUGUGAAAUGGAUGAUUUUUCUUGCCCGUAUCACCAGGGAAACUUAUGUUCUGGUAACGGUGAAUGUGAAGCUGGUAGAUGCAAAUGCUUUCCUGGCUGGGAAGGUGACCGUUGCCAGUGCGCAUUACAAUCAGCAAAGCACUGCCUGAAUUCAAAGGGCCAGAUUUGCAGUGGAAGAGGAAAAUGUGUAUGUGGAAAGUGUGAGUGCACAGAUCCAAGAAGCUUUGGCCGUUUGUGUGAAUAUUGCCCAACUUGCAACAAAGCCUGUGAAGAAAACUGGAACUGUGUUCAGUGCCAUCAUUCUAACAAUGCAUCUCAGGCUAAACUUGACCAGUGCACGACCUCAUGCGCUUACCUGCUGCAUUAUAUUGACCAGACUUCAGAAUGUUUCUCUGGCCGAAGCUACUUUAGAGUCUUUUCCAUAAUCUUUAUAGUUACCUUUCUGAUCGGGUUGCUUGUUGUCCUUAUCAUCAGGCAGAUAAUUCUGCAGGGGAGCAGCAAUAAAGUUAAAUCUUCAGCUGAUUACAGAAUAUCUGCAACAAAGAAGGAUAAGAUGUUUUUGCCUACUGUUUGUACAAGAACAGUAACAUACAGACGAGACAAACCAGAGGAAAUAAAUAUCGACAUCAGCAAGUUACGAUUAAAUGAAACUUUCAAGUGUGAGUUCUGAAGACGGUGUGUUUUCUGCAAAUGUCUAUUUCCAUCAUGCUCGACUUUUAAAAAGUUACCUUUCGUACUCUGUCGGACUCUUGACUGUUGCCGUUCGGUUUUGUGUCGUGCAUUUUGGUGAAUACUGUUAACAAAGUGACAUGUAAGCAUAUUCACAUAAUGUGACUAUGUUUGAAACUAUAGCUGCUGUAUUAUUUUUUUUUUUUUUGAAAGAGAAAUGUGCGUUACUACUGUUCAGGAACGUUAGUGUUGAUGUAGCACUUUAGUGUAUUCUAAUUUAUUUAGUUACGGCCUAGAAUGUAGAUAUGAACCGGUCUGACAAAGCACUGAUCUCACUCUACAUGUAGCUAGUACUGAUGUGCUCUGUGGGAAUGGACAAAAACUGUGACUGAAAUAUUAACAUUGCUGUAUAUUAUAGCAAUAGAUAAAACUAUUCAAAUGCUCUUAAAUAGAGUAAACGGUACUUUUACAGUUCUCUCAGUUGACUAAAUUCCACUGAUUUGUCUGCUUUAGCCUCUUAGCUUCUCCUCAUUACUUAAUAGAAAUGACUGGAUUAAAUGAGUGCUUAGAUACUGGUGUGAGUGUAUAGUUGUGCGUGCAUAUGCACACACAUGCGUGCACACACACACAGGUAAAUUAUAUAUAUAGUUUUUUAUACAUUGUGAUGUCACUUAAAGAUAAUUUAUAUCUGAUAAAGAGUAAUUUUUAGCUUUUUUACUUGUUUCAACAUAUAAAUCUAUAUACGAAUUUUAUGGUAUUUGGAAACUGAUUGGCUACACAAAACAGGAGAGUUCCUCUGUCCAACAGCGUAGUCUACACGAUGAUCGCUGCUGGCUGACCUCACCUUUGGAGUCAGCAGCAUCAACUCCAUUGCAAGCAGAUAAAUUACACCAGAGCUGUGUUUGGUUUGCUAGCUACAUGUCAGUGUUUUGCCAAAUAAGGGCUUUGUUCUUUUUGUAUGAUGUGAGACGUAAGUCUGAUUUUACAUGCAUGCUCUUUUUUCCUAUGUAAAUGAGUUGACAGGAUUAGAUUUCCUGAGUCCUUACGUAACCACUUCAAUUUUUGUGACUGUAUGACUGUACAUUGAGAAAUGUGUCCAGUGUGAUGUGGAAAAGAACCUGCAAUUUGGAAGAAGGUGAGGAAAACAGGAGUCUUUUUCUCAAGAGAACACGUUCAUUGACAGCAUAAAUGUGGGAUCAAAUUCUGCCUUUAGAAAUGGGCAAAACUCUUCUAAACUCAGCGGGACCAAUAUGAGCUUAUCUGAGAGCAGAAUUUGAGCUACAAGGUCAAGCAGAAGCAUUUUCUUAUCCCCGAACCUGGCUAUAGUGGUAGAAGAUGUGUUAUUGUUAUAUACUAGUUGGAAGAGUCAGCCAACAGUCUGAUUUACUAACUUUAUGCUGCCAAAACCCUACGAAAAUAUGAUCAGCCUCUAAUGCACUAAGAUCUUGCUGGCAAAAAGAAAAAAUCAUCUCAGAAAGUAUGCAGUGUAUCAUUUUAGCAACGUUAAUUACUGAUACUAAAUAUUGAAUCAUAGAAUCAGAGAAUCGUAGAUUACCAGGUUGAAAGGGACCUCAAGGAUCAUGUGGUCCAACCUUUCAUGGCAAAAGCAUGGUCUGGACAAGAUGGCCCAGCACCCUGUCCCGCUGAAUCUUGAAAGUGUCCAUUGGUCUGUACUUGUCAUAGGUAAGAGUUAUAGAAACAAAGCAGGGCCUCUUUAUAUGCAGUUUUUAGAAAUUAGUAUAUAUACAUAUUUCCUAUUCUGUAUUUCUUCUGUAAAUUCCCACUGGAAUCUGAGGAGUACACAUGUGAAAGGAAGGCAGGACAAAUGAUAAGUGUUAUGUGAGUUUGGGUCAUGGAUCAAGUGGGACUGAGAAAAAAUAAUUUAAAGACAGCCGGCCUUCCAUUAAACUGCCAUAAAAGCUUUAGAUUUUAGAGAUUGGGGGUUUUUUUAAUAUAAAAAAUGGACUAUUAAGUGUUUCUAAAGCAGUCUUCAAAGUAGUCCCUGAGCUUUCUACAAUAUAGGUAAAAGUGCCUCAUUUAAAGAAAGGGGGGUUUCCUUACACUCACCCUGAUUUUAGUGAUAGCUUCAUUGUAGUAUCUUAAUUAUAGACUAAUUCUGUAAUCUGGCAAGUGUACCUUGAACUUUCAUUUUCUUUUAAAACACAUAGAACCAUUUUCCUCCUAUGUAAAUUAACACAUUCUAAACCAUUGAUUUCAGUGGUAUCAAGAUGAAAAGUCGAUAAAAGUUUACCUCCUACUGCCCUUGUCACAAUUUGUUGGUAUUAGUAAGUGAGUAGGAAACAAAGUCUCUGAUUAUCUGUUUCACUUAAAACAAACAAAGAAAAUCAAAAGCUCAGCGGAGAUUAUCUGAGUAUAUAACAAAAGAUGUGAUUAUGUUCUUUAAACAGUGCGCGAAAUUUUUUUAACAAAAAAGGUUCCUCAGAUGUAUUCCCAUAAUGGCCUUUAAAGCAUUUACUGAAGUGAUAGCUAAUGUUUUUUUUUUUCCCUUAGAAAUUACUUUUCAUUGUUAGAGGGAGUUAAAUUAUGUGGGUAGGGGAUAAUGGAGCUGGGUUCUUUGUGGAAGAACAAUUUGAGCUGUAACACCCAUCUUCCAGACACAUCACACUGCUGCUACUUUUCUUCUGCAGUGCUGCCUGUGAAGGGGCACGGCCAGUAUUUCCUUAGCAGACACCUGCCUGAAUGUUUAAAACGCCCUGAUCAAAUAGAGCAGGCUCACAGGACAAAUGGCACUGGAAGAUGCUUGCUGUCCUGAGGUUAAAAAAAAGUGUAUUUAAAAAAAAAAAAGUUUUGUCAGGAAAAAAAAAAAAAAAGAAAAAAAAAAGCUUUUCUUGCAUCUCCCUCAUGGCUUUGCUGUAUUGUGGAGGAGGCUAGUGAAAAAGAAUAAGCUGCUGCUAAUGUGACAGGUCAAGGCUUUUAGAAAGCCCAUGGGGAGCUUAUACAGAGCAGGAUCCUCGGGAGGAGGCUUUGUUUCUAGGGAUGGAAUCUAUCCAUGAGAAACUCUGGCUUUGCUUGGUACUUGUUUCCCUCUGCCUUUGACCAUGUUUUUCAGAAGAGCUGCUGCAGGAGAUGAAUAGCCCAACAAAAGCCUCACUAUUUAGGGAGCUGUGUUCCCUUAGCACAUGACCUUAAAUGAGAAAGCAGCCUGUAAUUCACAAGGAAUUUCCUCAGCCAUUGCAGAAGGACUCUGCUUCCUAUAGUGCUUAAUGUGGGAGAUAUUAAAGACGAAUUAGUUCAUAUUAGUUUUCAAUGCAUUGUGCGUCAAAGAUGCUCGUAAAAAUAGAUGAAAAAAUAUCUAGCCUCAGAAUAGAAUGUUCCAAACUUAUUAAAUAAAACUUCUUAUACUGGGCUUCUUCAAAAAAUGAAAAAAAAAAAAGUCAAUAAUUCGACUGCAUUCCUAUACCCCAAAAUACAACAGCAGAUAUUGUUGCAUCUCAUCAUUGGGUUUGGGAGUUGUUUUUAGAUUUGCUUCCCCAAACAGCACGUGCAUGACUUUUCACAGCAGAUUUCUUACUGUUAAAAUCCAUUUGUAUAAUUUUCAAAUUCUGAUCCUACUUUUUUUACCUGUAAUUGUUUAUUUGUCUAACAUUUCAGAAAUUACGUGUUUAUGCAAUUAAAAAGCAUGCAUUUUACUUCAGAUUCUUCCAAAGUGAAGAAAUACUAUGAACUGAUUAUUUCCAACCAUCAUGAGUACGUUAAUAACAUUGCUACAGAAGCGUGUGGGAAAAUAACUGUUUCAUCCAGAAAACGUGUGCAUGGUAUGCGAGGAAUUUUCAUUGUGCCCAACUGAAAUUCCCUUACGUUCACAAGGAAUGUUGAAAGUGAACCUUAAAAAGGAAGGACGUUUGUACAGGCAUAGUUUACAUUUUAUCCAUUAUUUAUCAACUGGAUUUAUUUUUUCCUCUCCACGGUGUCAUGAAAACCUGCUAUGUCAAGUAUUCUUCAGACCGCAAUGGAAAAAAUUAUUUUCCCAGUCUGAUCAUAUGUAUUUGUUUCCUGCUUAGCGUGCAUACCUAAAUGUACACGUGUUGCGAACAGCGGGAGUGAACGUGUGAAGCAGCUUCAGGCAACCCUUAGUCCUGGAAGUAGCCAUAAGGCCUAGUGAUGGCCAAGGCAGAGAGAUGGAAGGGCACUGCUGCUUGUGCAGGGAUUUGAAGAGGGAUGGCAUCCUGAGCAGGCACAACGCGUCCUACAGUUCCCAGAGUUGGGAAUGAUCCUGCAGAGACGGUGCUCUGAGACCACACUUCUCCAUUUCUCGGGGCAGGAAGCAUCUUCAGAGUGGGUUGGCUUGGCAGAGAUGGGGCAGUUUCUGUCUUUGGUGCUUGGCCACACACUGUCCUCAGCACUGCGGGCUUUUCGCAUCUUUACUCAUCAAAAAAUGCUUGCGUGUAACAUAGCAAGGCACCACCGGUGCCAGUACGUACUGUAAACCUGGAUGCUGCAGGCUUCCACUAAAGCUUCUGGGAAGUCUUUGGGCAUCUGCCCACUGACUUCCCACCAGCCCCAGGAUUUCCACCAGCCAGCCUUAAGGAAUGUAAGCUGUAGCUGGGAAAGGGCACUUCUCAUAGAGUCAUUCGUGCUGAGUCAGUGCUGGGUGACACUUACUCUGCUCUGGCUGUGAGCGAAGCGUAGUGCCAGUGUUCUGGCUGUCCGUUUGCAAGAGAGGGGGAAGAUUUAUUUGCUAAGCAGAAAUGGAGCAAUAGUUAAGAAGAACACUACUUUUUAAUGAUGAUCUUGACACUGCUGCGACACAGAGGCAUCUCAUGGAUCUUACAGAGAACUGAAAUUUGUGGAAAGGGAAAAGAGGUUAAAAUUAGCCAGCGUGAAUGCAUUUCUAUAGCGAGCCAAAUCAGUGGGGUUUCACUGAGUGCGAGCCAGCUCAGAAUAGUUGGCCUUUCGGGGGGGAGGGGCAGGAAGGGGGAGAAGAAAAAAGAAAAAAAACUAAAAUUAGUAGAUUCAAGCCUUAGAAAUGCUGCUUUGGAUUGCAUGUUCUCUUUGUUUCCUUUUCUGCGCACUCUCUUAAAAAAAAAAGGUACCUACUUAUUAAAAAAAAUAAAAUUAAAAUGUCUGGCAUUCGUUAAAAUAAUGGCUUCUACCCAAAUCCUAACGUUUCAUCCUGAUACCUGUAUCGUGUUCGGGCUCUUUCAGUUGUAUUUUGAAGGGAGAUGUUGGAAAGAUGAAAGAUUCUUUUGAGAAGACAUUAAUGUUGGAUGAAUUCACUGUGCUAACGUCUUCUUCACUUUUGCCUACUACUGCUUCAAAAAGUAAAAGCUACUUUAAAGUGUCUUAUUUAGCAAUGGUGUGACAGCUAUUAAUACUACAGUUUUUAACUUCCUAUUUAACAUAUACUACCUUUUGUAAAAAAAGUAUAUACAGAUAAAUAAUGUUUCUCUAGAUUUUUUUGCAUAGAGAAUGUUAGUAAGGGAAGAGGUUUUAAAUAAAUUUAUAACUUCUUACUGUUCAUUUUACAUUUUAAAUGAUACUUUUAAAUCACUACUUUUGUUUGUCUG